UGCAAAUGGAAGUAAUUACAGAGAAAGGCAUUAGCCAAUUACAGAAACAAUGAGUCAGGACGCUCGCCCCUUCCGGUGGCGCUACGGCGAACUCGACGACAAGAGCUUCCAGUUACACGGCCACGACCUCGUCAUCCUCCUCGUCCUCUUCUCCUUCCUCAUCGUCCUCCUCCUCCUCUGCUUCUACUUCCGCCGCAGAUGCUGCUACCCUGCCGCUUCUCCAUCCGCCGCCGCCGGCGGCUGCAGUGGUUGCCAAGGGAUGGACGAGGCGGCGGUGAGGAAGUUGCCAGUGAGAGUACGGCGGGGAGAGGCGGUGGUGUGCUCGAUAUGCUUGAGUUUGUUAAUGGAAGGGGAGAAAGAGAAGGUUUUGCCGGGCUGUAGCCAUGGCUUCCACCCAGUGUGCGUUGAUGAGUGGCUAAGGAAGCGGUCGAGCUGCCCGCUCUGCCGAGCGAAUGUGGCCAGCGAAGACGAGAAGGUGGUGCUCGCACUGCCGGAGGUGGUGGUGGAGGUGACGUCGGAGGUUUGAGUGCGAGUGGUUUGAUGAAAUGAAGGUGCUAAGCAUGCGCUUGUUUUGUUUUGUUGCUGUUUUUUUAAUUUGGGAUAUUGUUAAAUGUUAAUGACUUUUUUUUAAAGAAUUAGUUUAAAUAAUUUGAGCUAAUUUAAUU